ACAAAUUUAUUCGUUCUGUAAUCUCAAACAGUGUGGACGUGUCAAUUUGAUCGAUUUUAACCAAUCAACGUUUUGUUACAUUAACAUAUUGAUUUCACUAAAUGUGCAAAAUUUUAACAACAAUAACAAAAUUGGGUGUAAACAUUUUCUACGCGCAAAAAUUAAUUAAAAUUAUUAAUCUGUUCACUUAACACUUAACGAGUAAAAGAUUAAAAAUAAUAAAAACAAUAGUGUAAAAUAAACACAUUAAAAGCAAAAUGUUUGCAAAACAUGUAAGCUUUGCAAUAUUUUUUGUCAUCAAUUUAUUUUGUUGUAAAAUAUUUGCCAAUAAUUUUGUACAAUUUAAAUUCGAUCCUAUAGUCAUAAGUAAAUUUGAGGUGGAUACACUUAAUUCAAUAACUCCACUUGAAUGGUUGGAAUUUGUAAAACGAGGCCGAGAAUCCAAUGAGCAGGAAAAAAGUUUGGAAGCAAAUCUUGUUGCCUCAAAUGUUAUUGUUAAAAAUGGAACAAUAUCUCAUAUUCAGCUUUUAGAAACGCUGCCAAGUGUUGACGCUCAACAAGAUAGUCAGGUAGCAGAUGAAAUUUUAAAAUCCUGUUUAUAUAUUUAUAAUACUAAAUGCGCUCCUCAAAGUAUUUCCGGGGAACAUUGCGAAACUAUACUGAGUAAUAUUGAUCUCCCGAGAGAUAGUGAACUCGCCCACAAAUGUCAAAGUAUAGUAAAUAAUCGAAAUAAUGGAGACUAUCCGUUAAGGCGCCUGUUGCCACGUCAUUAUAAAGACGGUUUCUAUAAGAUGUUCUCGGAUACUAUGGUUCAACCGCUUGCAAUUAGCCAUGCACUUGGUGGAAAUCCAACAAAAGAUAAAAGAGAAUUUGUAGAUGACUUUCAAAGAAAUUUGGCUGUGGUGCAAUGGUCACAAUUUGUAGCUAAUGAUUUGAAUAAACCUGUGGUCACAACAAUGAGUAAUGGGUCUCCAAUUGAAUGUUGUAAUAUGCAAAAUUAUAAACUUUCACCACGUUAUCACCACCCGGCUUGUGAGCCUCUGAUAAGUAAAGAUAAUAUAAAUCGUUAUGGCCCCGAUACCUGCUUGAAUUACGUACGUAGCGCUUUGGCAAUAGGGAACAAAUGUACUUUUGCAGCUCCAGAACAGUUGAAUCAAGGUACAGCUAAACUUGAUUUAUCACAAUUAUAUGGUUUUAACGAAAAGUCUCAAAAACGCAUGCGUUUACAUCAACAAGGACUUCUUAAAUCCACUAGUUUUGGGAAAUCAGAAGAUGCAUUAUUGCCAAUGGCUGCAGAAGACACUAAUUGGUUUUGUGCAUUGAGUCCGGAUGAUCGAGAAAAUUCGACUUGCUUUAUGUCUGGAGAUUCUCGCGUUAAUAGUAAUCCUUUCGCCAUUAUAAUACAUACACUAAUGAUGCGUAAUCAUAAUCGUAUUGCCAAGGAUUUGAGUCUUCAACACCCAGAUUGGCGAGAUGAUCAAUUAUUUAAAAAGGCUAAAUCCAUUAAUAUUGAUAUUUAUCAGCGAAUAGUUCUUAAUGAAUGGUUGCCAGUUAUUUUGGGCACAUCGAUGGCCAACGAAAUAAACAGGAUUAAAAAUGAAGCAAACAAAUUUCGUAAUGUAAAUAAUGAAUUAGUUCAUCAAAUAUCUAAUGAGUAUGCAGUGGCCGCAUCGAGAUUCUACCUUUCGAUGAUGCCGAAUGAACUUCGUAAUUAUGAAAUCGAUACAAGAUCUGAAUCCUAUAAGGAUGAGGGUGGUAACAACAUUGAAACCAAUAUAUUUUCUCUGAAAGAUGAAAUUUACUCCCCUAGCAUUGAGUACACAUCCGAUAAACUGGAUCAAAUUUUAUAUUCACUAUUAAUGCAGCAGGCUAUGAAAAUGGAUGCCAGUUAUGUUGAAAGUUUGACUUCUGAUUUGGCUAAUAAUAAACGACCCACACAUUCCGAUAUAUUAGCGUUUGAUAUACAGCGUGGCCGGGAUCAUGGAUUGCAGCCAUAUUUUAAAUAUUCAGAAAUAUGCAAUAAUGUAAAGAUAAACGAUUGGAAUGAUUUACAAAAAUUUAUAAACCCUGGGGAUUUAAAUAAAUUAAAAAACGCCUAUUCCAGCUGGCGUGAUAUUGACUUAAUUGUUGGAGGUAUUUCUGAAAUGUCAGCGAAGAAUGCGACAGUGGGACCUACGUUUCAAUGCAUUAUAGGUGAACAAUUUUCAAAAUUAAGCCAAUGGUAUCAAAGUGAAAUCGAUCAAAAUGAUUUGGAUUUAUCAAAAUGGAAAACUAUAUCAGCUGUUGAUCUACUUUGCCUUAAUUCAAACCUCCAACGAGUGCCUCUAAAUAUAUUUAAAAUUUCAUCCAAAACAAAUCCAAUGGUUGAAUGCACGGAAUACUUAAAAAAAUUUAAUUAAAAAUAAUAAUUACUCUAAAUUUAAUUUUUUUUAAUAUGUAUUUAGUUUUUUUUUAUUAAAUAAAAUGUUAAUUUUU